AUGGAGAAACUGGAUGAGCUGGAGCACCCUCUUCUAGGGGACAGCCCCAAAAACAGCGAAGGGCAAGGGCCGGCGCCGGGGCCGGGGCCCAUACCAGCUCCCGGAGGACUGUUCAAAGGGAUCCUGGUGAGGUGUGAGGAGGACAGGGUGUACCCUCCCCUGGCGUGGAGGAGCUACUGCGGAGGCCCCCCGGAGCUGAAGCAGCAGCAACAGCUGCUGGACCCCUGCUCCCUGCCGCGCACGCUGGAGUCCUUCUACCCCGCGGCCCCCAUCUGGGGCCCCGCGGACUCCCUGCUGAGCAAGGACUACCUGGAGACGACGUUUGUGGACGUCCACCCCGGCUCCUCCCUGGAGAGGAAGCUACUGGCGGAGACGCACGACUACCACGCGGUGUCCUACAGCAUGGACGACGAGGACGACCUGCUCCCUGAUUUUGAGGACUCGUCCAGUGAUGAGUUCAGUGACACCGACAGCGAGAGCAACUUCCCGCUGAUGAUUCCUCAGGACUAUCUGGGCCUGGCCUUCUUCUCCAUGCUCUGCUGUUUCUGGCCCCUGGGCAUCGCUGCUUUCUACCUAUCACAAAAGACCAACAAGGCGUCGGCGCAGGGGGAUUUCCAGGGGGCCAACGCAGCAUCCCGCCAGGCCCUGUGGCUCUCUGUGCUCUCCAUCGUCUUCGGAGUCAUAACCUACAUCUGUGCGGUGGCAGCGCUCAUCUCCUACCUGUCCGGGAAACCGCCUUAA